GUUUCGGGUUGUUCAUCCUCCCGGUGUGAACGGCGCGCUGCAGCCCAAGCGGAAGUUCAUCCGCUUCCACUCUCAAGGAUCCUGAACGCAGCACGGAGGAGCUCGUCUGCUUACCCGGGCGGAGGAGUCACGGGCGGGUGGCGGAGUGAUACGGCUCGGGGUUAAACAUCUGCCCAGAUGCGGCUAGGAGGGAAAUGUGGCGGAUUUUAAAGAGACAGAGAGACAGGAGAGGAGUUAGAUAUCAACAUACACCAGCUGGAGCAGACCAGUGGACGAACUGUACGAGGAGCUUCCAGCUCUGAUCGCCUCAUGCGCUCACUGUAGUUGGAGAAGAAAGUCAGACCCAGGAGUGGCAGGUCGUCCCCCGGACCAUGAAGCUUAGCGUGGCGUUGUUUUUCGCAGGGCUCUUCGGGGCGUUGGCAGCUGUGUUCAUCCUCCUCUCCUUUGGAACUGACUACUGGCUGCUGGCCUCGGAGAGUUGCCAGCCCGACCCGGAUGGAUCUGUUGGUCCGGGUGGUCGUGACCAUGGAGCGUGGAGAUGUGGUGAUGCAGGAGGGCACCAGUGGUGUCACUCUGUACCACGAAGGUUUUUUCUGGAGGUGUUCCUUUGGAGGCAACGUCGGCGACGACAACCUGAUGUGGAAGCUCUGGUUCACGAAUCAGCCUCACUCGAAGGUCUGCAUGCACGCCUACCUCUUCCCAUUUCCUGUGUCUCAUCAGACCCACAACGCCACGGAGUAUGAAACGGCCAUAAUCUACAGAGGUUUCUGGAGCAUCUUUAUGCUCAUCGGCGUGGCAGCCGUCGUGCUCGGCGGGUUCUUCAUCAUCUGCGCUGCUCCGUUCGCCAGCCACCGGUUGUACAAGGCCGGCGGCGGCCUCUUCCUGGCCUCCGGUCUUUUUCUGCUCUGUGUGGUGGUGAUGUACGUCCUGUGGGUGCAGGUGUUGGAUGUGGUGGACGUCUACGUAGACCACCAGCGCUCGACAGUGUGUCCAGACUUCCAGCUGUCCCUCAACUAUGGGCUGUCCUUCAUGUUUGCCCCCGUCGGCAUCUUCUUCUGCCUCCUGGCCGGCCUUCUCUUCCUCCUCAUUGGCCGAACCAUCCAGAUUAAUUACCACUGACUUUACGCAGUUAGAGGAAGAGUGGGGGGCUCUCGAGAUGGUUCGGAGUGUUUUGAGUUUGUUUCAGGAUCAAAAAUCAUUGCAACCACUGCUGAGUUUAGACAUGGCAUCAUUAUCACUCCAGCCUGAGCUACGUCAUAGUACAUACAGUUCUGUGCUAUUCUCAAUAAGCCUGCGCCAACAGUCUAAAUACCUGUGGUGCACAACACUGUUGUUUGAAUCUUACGAUAUUGUUAUGGAUCUAUGUUUUACAAAGUUAUAAAUGAGUCACAUUUUAAUGAAUGAUGUUGUUAAUUGGAGCAUUUUUUGGGGGUUUGCUUGAGAAAAAGACUGUUCCCUAUUAUUAUAUAUCUUGUGCUUUGUAUAGCGUUAAAAAAGAAGAAAGAAGAAAGUGCAGAGCAAAAGGCUUUUUUAAAAAAAAUAUUCUGCAUAUAUAGUAAUGGCAGCAGCUUUUUGUGCAGUCAAUUUAAGCUGAUGAUAUUCUACAUUUCUGUGAAAAGACCGUCUCUCAUCUCCAAGCUCACUAAUUUAUAUUGAAGACAUUGAAUUUAA